AUGAAUACAUUUCAUGAAUAUUAAUUAUAAGUACCUGUGAUUAAACAACUUGAAAAAAUUAAUGAACUAACAAAUAUGGAAGGUAGUCUUGCUUUAAGUAAUGAGAGAUUAAGUUUAAAAUAAAAGAAAUUAGAAAUUAGAGUAUUUAAUAUCAUAUUCUUUAGCAAAUCACUUCAAGUAGAUUAAUACCUAUUUCUAAUGAAAAAUUACCAAGAUUAUCUUAAAGUAAAUCACCAUAAUAACAACUUAAAAUUGCAAGAGCAAUCACUGAAUAUUAAGCAUCAAAUAAAUAAUCAACUAUUAAACCUUUUUUUAAAACUAAUAUGGAUAAUGAUUCAUCAAACUAUACUGAUGAUGAAAAAGGAAAACUCAAAUUCAAAAGGGAUGAAAAAAAAAUUAAAACCACCAACUACAAAACAGGAAUUUAUGAAAAUACUUAAAAUAAGAAAUUUACGGAGUUUGCAGAAUAAAUAGAAAAAAUAAAAAAAUAAUUAGAAGCUUUGUAGGUAUAUUUAAUUUAUUGCUCAAGAAAUAUUUGAAUAAUUCAAGGAAACUUUUCUUAGUUGUGAGAAAUAUUGUUGAAAAAAGGAAGAAUCUAAGAAAAGUAUUAUUGAAAAACGGCAAGGAUGAACUUGUUGAACUUUCUGAUAUUGAAAAAUUUUGCAGUGUAAAAGAGUUUGUCACUAUUAAUGGAGAAUAAAAACUUAUUGAUAAAUUAAAUAUAUCAUUAUUAGAUGAUAUUGUUUAUGCCAAUGAAGUAUUAGAGAAUUUGAAAAUUUAGAAUGAAAUUCUCGAUAUGAAAAAAAUUGCUGAUUAAGUAAAUUUUAAGACAAAUUAUGAUUAUAAUAGAAAAAAAUUAAAUAAGCAGGCUGAAUAAAAUUUUAAAAAUUAAUUAAGAAGAAGAGCUGAAGUUAUCUUUUACUUCUGCUGCGAUGUCUAGAUUUAAUUUACAUGAAUAAAUUGAUAUUUUUGAAUAAAGAUUAGGAUCCCUAUAGUCGAUUAAAAAAAGUUCAAAGUAAACAUCUUAAGCUAUUACAACAAUCGUAAAAGUAUUAUGUGAUAAA